GGGUGCCGGGAGGGGUGGUUUUGCUCCGCCGCGGUGGACCCCGCCCCGCACAGGGUAGGCUGCGGUGCGGGGGAAGGAGACGCUGCCCUUCCGCGGCCAUGGCGCGCGGCGGGGGGAGAGGGCACCGAGCGGGGCCGCACGCCCCCCCGUUACGGACGAGGAUCGCUGGAUGAAGGGCAGCCCCAGGACGCUGAGCCAGAUGCCACAGAAAAGUUGAAUUUCUUUGUGAGCAGCUCACGCAGCAUCCACAAGUGCCCUUCCCCUUCGCGGCUCCCGGAGGUGCCGACAUCCUCAUGCAGACAUGGCAUUUAGAAGGACAGAGGGAAUGUCCAUCAUCCAGGCCUUGGCAAUGACCGUGGCGGAGAUCCCCGUGUUUGUCUACACAACGUUCGGGCAGUCUGUCUUCUCUCAGCUGCGGCUCUCUCCAGGCCUGCGUAAGGUGCUGUUUGCUACAGCUCUUGGGACAGUCGCGUUGGCUCUUGCAGCUCAUCAGCUGAAGCGUCGUCGCCGUCGAAAGAAGCAGAUCGCUCCGGAGAAGUGUGGCUUUAAGCCUGGAGGGAUCACAGUGCCCAUUUUGCCAACCAGGAGGGUCUCCUCUGUGAAGAAAGGAUACUCCAGCAAGAGAGUCCAGAGUCCUGGCAGCAAGAGCAAUGACACACUCAGCGGGAUUUCCUCCAUCGAGCCCAGCAAACAUUCCAGUUCCUCCCACAGCCUCGUCUCGAUGGUAGCAGUCAACUCUUCCAGUCCAAUGCCAGCAUCAGCGGGGAUGUGGGAGGCCCAGGCGAUGGGAGAUGCUGGAGCCAUUGGUGACUGCAGCGCAGAAAGCCUCUACAUUCAAGGCAUGGAGCUGUUUGAGGAGGCGCUGCAGAAGUGGGAGCAGGCGCUGACCAUCAGGCAGAGGGACAGUGCCAGUACCAGCACCCCUGUGCCCUGGGACAGCAAGAAACAGCAGGAGAGCAUGGCUGAGAACAUCCCAGAGGAGGAGUCCCAGAAAAGGGAGUUCGCCGAGAAGCUGGAGUCCCUCUUGCACCGAGCCUACCACCUCCAGGAGGAGUUUGGGUCUUCGCUGCCGUCGGACAGCAUGCUGCUGGAUCUGGAGAAGGCUUUAAUGCUUCCGCUGACGGACGGGUCGUUGCGGCUUCGGACGGAUGAUGAAGACAGCUCAAUUUCUGAGGAUUCCUUCUUCUCUGCAGCAGAGCUCUUUGACUCUCUCCAGUUUGAGGAGAUGCCAUUCCACCUCUCUAAGCCAGCAGCAGCAUACGAAGAAGCUCUGCAGUUAGUGAAAGAAGGGAAAGUUGCGUGCCGGACGCUGAGGACAGAGCUCCUGGGCUGCUACAGCGACCAGGAUUUCCUCGCGAAGCUGCAUUGCGUCAGGCAGGCCUUCCAGGAGCUGCUGGAGGAUGAAAGCAAUCAACUGUUUUUUGGGGAGGUUGGGAAACAAAUGGUGAUAGGACUGAUGACAAAAGCUCAAAAGAAUCCCAAAGCUUUUCUGGAAAGCUACGAGGAGAUGCUGCGUUACGCACUGAAGCAAGAGACCUGGCCGACCACUCAGCAGGAGCUGGAGGGAAGAGGGGUGGUGUGCAUGAGUUUCUUUGAUAUUGUGCUGGACUUCAUCCUCAUGGAUGCUUUUGAGGACCUGGAGAACCCCCCAUCCUCCGUGCUGGCCGUGCUGCGCAACCGCUGGCUCUCCGACAGCUUCAAGGAGACGGCUCUAGCAACCGCCUGCUGGUCAGUUCUGAAAGCAAAAAGGAGGCUUUUGAUGGUACCAGAUGGCUUUAUCUCUCAUUUCUACUCCGUAUCGGAGCAUGUCAGUCCUGUUCUAGCCUUUGGUUUUCUGGGGCCCAAGCAGCAGCUAUCUGAAGUCUGCAGUUUCUUCAAGCACCAGAUAGUACAAUAUCUGAAGGACAUGUUUGAUCUGGACAAUGUGAGAUACACAACAGUGCAGUCGUUGGCAGAAGACAUUUUGCAGCUGUCGCGGCGGCGCAGUGAGAUCCUCCUGGGAUAUCUGGGCACUGAGACUUCUCCCGAGAUGAAUGGAACGCUGCCUGCUGAAAACGAGUUACUGGAGGAGCUCGUCUGAUGUCCAGGGAGGAAAACAGCUUUGUACAAGGACCUUUUCCUCCCAGAGAUGGAUAAAACUACCUGCAGUGCUCAGCAGUGGCAGCAAGACUAUUUCAACACACAGCAACCUGGUGGGACCUUCUGCUUUUUGUAGCCAGUAGUGUUUGCUGGGAUGGAUCCAGGACCACUUGCCAGCUUAUGGUUUGAAUUUCUUCUUUGUUCCACCUUCCUGUUCUUUUUAUUAUUAUUCUUUUUAAUGUGUCAUGUAAACCACGAACUGCUUGGGCCCAGAUUAUUGCUCAAUUCUCUUGAAUAGGGCAACAUAUGUACCUGUUUUCCCUGUGCGUUUUCUGGGAGAUGGUCCCUGACGUUUACGAUUGUGUGUGGGAGUGGGAACAUUGUUGGUAAAUUCUCCACUUGACCCUUAGCUUCUCAAGGAGGACUUGUUUGCUUUGGGAUUUUUCAUACCGUUCUUUCUCUGCUGUGUUCCUACAGACGUUACUGCUGAUUUUUACCUGAUGUGUUUUAACACAUGCAAUGUGACUAGCAAAGAUUUCUUUCCCAGAGAGGAAGAAAUACUUCUGUAAAGCACUGAAGUAAAACGCAGACUUUUGUAACCGUUCUGAAGCUCUAAGGAAGUCGGUCUGUUCCCUCUGUGUUGCUGCUCUUUGCAGGCCAGAUGAUGGGCUCUGUGCCAUGGUCACCCUUGCUUAGGAGAUUGCUGAGGUCCACAUUUGCAAGCUGGUGUGAGGAGAGGGUGGAUUUGCAUCCUGCCUGUGCAUGCACAAUGUCUUGAAUGUCCAUCAAAGUGCCUUGCUGUAUUUCAGAAUGAGCCAGCAGCGGUUUUGGCUGGGUAGGAGGUGUGGGGUGUGCACAAGAACCGGUAUAACGUGGUGCCUGUUCCUACGAUGUGCAAGGCAAUAAGGUGUUGGAUGUAGUGUAUGAAAAGGGGUUAUGUGUGCAGGUAGCUGGAGAGCUGGGGUCAAGCUGCUAGAGAGGAAACCACUCUUUAGGCUGUAAAUGUUGAGAAACAUCUCGUAGUUUUGGGUAUAGACCAAACGCACACAGGUGUAUUAUGUGUCUUUGUAGUGAUGAUGACUGCACAGCCGGUGCCUGAACUCCGGCUGCUUUGGGACUCAGGCUGAGUUGGUACUGGCCUGGGGCAGCGGCAGUGGAAUGCGCUGGGCUUGAGGCAGGCCUGGCGUUUGUGUGGGGUUUGCAGAGGUUUGCUGAGUCCUCUGUGGGGACAGUGCGAUCCAGCCUGUGCUCUCUCGCUGUUUCAGUCCACAUAUGGCUCCAAGUCCCAGCCUCCAAACGAGGAGGUCUUCAGGGAGAAGAAAACGGGGACUGUUCACAAAAACACAGGCUUUGCUGUUUUUUCUCUAGACGGAUUAGUUUUCCCUUUGUGUCUGUUCCAUGUACAAGUCUUACUGAGCCAUAUUUUUGCAAGGUGGGGGGAAGAAUCUGGAGUUUCCAUGGGAGUGGAAAGUCAGUGCAUGGGCUUGGAGAAUACAAAUGUUGUCUUUCUUCCUCUUCAGAUAUCUAAUGUGGAUUCUGCUGAUAAAAGCAGGAAGGAAGUAAGCAGGGAAAAAAUAAACAGGAGGAUGUAAAAGGAGCAGAUAAAUGCUCCUGAGAUGCUUGCAAGAGGGUAAGUGCGGAGCACGUAACAUCUGCUGCUCUAUAAGCACAGCAGACUGAUGUGGCUUAUCCUGAAGACCAGAUUAAUGCAAUAAACAUGUCAGUGCUGAGGCAGAAGUGAGGAGCAGCUGACCCCAGUGAGGCUGCGUGGAAUACACUGUUAUGGGAAGGAUUUAAGAGAGCAAUUGAAACUAGGGAAGGUCUCUGAGGUGUCUUGCUCCUGGUGGCAUGUGGUGAGAGAAGAAACAGAGGAUGUUGUAUUAGCACGACACACCUGCUGUGUGUAAACUGUGAUUUGAAAGUGCGUUAUAUUCUGAAAGCAAGUUACUUUGCCAAAAAAAAAAAAAAAAAAAAAAAGAAAAAAAAAUAUAGUGCUUUGUGCUGUUGUAUGGCUGGUUUAAAGAGUAACUUCAGCAGCUUUGUAUAGUGGUUAAAAAGAUGCUAAAAUGUGAAGAUUAAUGUAAUAAGAUGGAUUGUAAUUCUGAACAAUCAGUGCUGUUAAUUUUAGAUUUUUAGAGUUGUUUUAUGUGUAUUUAUUUACUACUUUGAGUGUAUUUUGGCCUCAGUGCUUGGGACAGCCUGUCUGCUUUGUGUACGGUUUUCGCAUCCUGGUGGGAGAUGACACUCAAACAGGGUCCCUGUGAAUCAAACACUAACAUGCAUUGCGGCUUUUUAAGCUGAGAAAUUGUAAAUUCUUAAUCAAUCCAAUGGAAGAAACCCAGUUUCAUUGCAGCUUUACGAUUUUGUUAGCCGUUAUUGCGAACGGGGCGAAGGGAAAGAGGGAUCUUCUGGAGAGCAUCCGCAGCUUCUCCAAGGCUGAGUUCUCCCCUCCGCCCACCAACACUCACUCGUGCACAAGCCAAGGGUGUGUGAGACAAACUCAUUUUCUCUUUGCUGGGGAGGAUGUUAAACAUGUGGAUGCGGCAUCGAGCAGGGACUGAGGCUGCUGCCACCCAUCCCAUCCAGAGCUGGGCUUGGUGCAAACAGCCACCACCUUGUACUCAUCUAUUUUAGAGUAACAGGUUACGAUGGAACAACUGCCUGUCCUCUGGCUUCCUACAAGACCGCUAGAAAAUCCUUUUUUCCCCAGCAUAUUGCAUUUAGCAAAGGAAAUUCUUCAGUAGUAGUAGUAGCAGAUGAAAUACACAUUCAGGUAGAGUCUCUAGAGAUAAUUGCCUUUUUUUUUAUAAUGAACCCUUAUUCUCAAGGGGUUAAAUCAUUCUGGGCUGACACUUGCGAGAUUUUAGCACUGAUGGGGAUUUAAAGUGGCUUAGCAGCUAUGAAAUAAAAUCCUCCAAUAGUUUCCGAUGCUUAAACAGAAAUUUCAAAUAUGCAUGACUUUCAGUUUUUACGUGGAGGUUGUAACAAGCUUCACCAGUGGUUAAAGUACAUACUCAGUGCUUUAGUAUGUAUGUAGAGACUAUACCACAUGGCUCUAGGAGGGUCUUUAUGAUCUUUAAAGCACAAAUAUGUUAAAAAAAUGUGAGGAAAAAUCUGCCUUGUUGUAUCUAUGAGAUCAGUGUGGCUUUGAGGAGCAUGACUUGUGCUGUCUCAUAGGAGGAGGUGGGAAAGCAGGAUUUUAUUUACCCCUCUCCAGUAGAACAUUCCUCUGCCAUAUCUGAAACUAAUGAAUGUAAACUUGUGCCUGUUUUUUCUUGAUUUCAUACAGGUGUAAAAAAAUCUGUUCUUGUUUUGCUUCUUUCUUUUUCUUUGCGGCUAUUUUUUUUUAAUACCUUUAAUCCUAGGAUGUGGGCAUUCCAAGUCAAAUAAAACUUUCCUUCAUUA